AUGUCCACCUCCCUCGACACCUCCACCCCCACCGUCGACACAACCUCCCUCGCCAUCUCCCCCAUCGAACGCCGCGACUCCCUCGAGAAGCACCUCAUGACCCGCCCCGACCCGCAAGACCUCAAGGACAGGCACAUCCUGCUCGAUACGAAUGUUGCUCCGUCGAUCCAAGCAAUGCGCCAGAAGCUCGAUCGCCAGCAGGUCUCGGAUAACCUGAAGAAGAAUCUUGAGCAUCGGCCGGAGAGGGAUGAGCUUGUUGAGCGUGAGUUUCUUAUUCUCGACCUCUUGUCCUUUGUUCGGGGGGAGGGUGAGUGA